CUCGUGACCCUGCCGCCCUGCUCGGGAGCUGAGUUCUCCCGCACUCAGGACACAAAGGGCGAAGGAGCAAAUCGCUGCCCCCCUCCUCUCAGCGUCUUCGUUACCCUAGCAACGCCCCCACGCUGCGUCGGGCUUCCCAGAAUGCACCAGUGCUGCCUUCCGUGAGGCUUCCGGCCGGCGGGGGCCGCCGCCAUCUUGGGUUCGGGGUGUCUUGGCGCGCGAGCGGGGCCGCCAGCCAUGGAGACAGAUGAUACUGGAAAUCGACUUCGGUUCCAACUGGAGUUGGAAUUUGUUCAGUGUCUGGCAAACCCCAAUUACCUCAACUUUCUUGCACAGAGAGGGUACUUCAAAGACAAAUCUUUUGUAAAUUAUCUUAAAUAUUUACUUUACUGGAAAGAACCUGAAUAUGCCAAAUACCUAAAGUAUCCUCAGUGUUUGCACAUGUUAGAGCUGCUCCAAUAUGAACACUUCCGUAAAGAACUGGUAAAUGCUCAGUGUGCUAAAUUUAUUGAUGAGCAACAGAUCCUUCACUGGCAGCAUUAUUCACGGAAAAGAAUGCGUCUCCAGCAAGCACUGGCAGAGCAGCAGCAACAGAACAAUACUUCUGUAAAAUGAGAAUGUUUGACACAGUGGCAACACUUAUUUCAUGUCAAUACAUGUAUUUGCAAGGGAAAAUUUGACUUGCUUUUGUAGCUUUGGCAUUAGUGAUAUACAUAACUUCA